CAGCAGCCAUGGACGCCAUACCAGGCACCAGCCUCCCUCCCUCUAGUCAAUUAGCUAAUUCAUAAACGAUGUGCCGCGUCAGUGAUGCGCCGGUGGUGGUGCUGAUGCUCCCUUUCCCUGCACAGGGCCACCUGACCCCUCUCCUCCAUUUUUCCCGUCUCCUCGCCCUCCGCCGCCUUCCCGUCGUCUUCCUCGGCUCCUCCGCCCAUAACCGGCAAGCCAAGCUCCGGCUGCAGGGCUGGAACCUGACUUCCUUCCCUUCCAUCUCCUUCCACGACCUCCCCCUCCCCCCGUGCCCCGUACCAGACCCGGACCCCGAGUCGGCCAUCAAGUUCCCCGCCCACCUCCAGCCAAUCUUCGACGCCUCGGACCGCCUCCGAGACCCGCUGGACCAGCUGCUGGCCCCGCUCUCGGCGUCGUCCCGGCGCGUCGUCGUCGUGCACGACCCGCUUAUGUCCUUCGCCGCGGAACUCGGGACCAAGUACCCCAACGUUGAGGCCUUCGCCUUCAGGUGCAUCAGCGCCUUCUCCUCGCUUUCCUUCCAACUGAACCAGCAGAGGGAUCCGAAACCGGUCAGACAGGGUCUGCAUCUGGUCUCGCCCAAGGGCUGCUUCACCAAAGAGUUCCUCGAGUUCGUCCACCGCCGCCACCACGGCGUCCGACUGACGAAAGGAGAAAUCUUCAACACCUUCCAUGGGAUCGAAGGAGAGUUCACGGAGAAGCUCUCGACUCUGCCGCAGUACAAGGACCGAAGGGUAUGGGGCAUUGGACCCAUUAUGCCGCUCCAAUUGGAAAAGCGUUCGGACCCGAAAUCGAAGCUGUUCCACUGGCUGGACAAGCAACCCGACGGAUCCGUUCUUUACGUCUCGUUCGGAUCGAACUCGUCCCUGUCCUCCGCUCAGAUCUCCGAGCUAGCCGCCGGCCUUGAGCGCAGCGGUCAGAGGUUCUUGUGGGUGCUUCGAGCCCCGGACCGGGGGGACAUUUUUAAGAAGGGAACCGAUCCGGAGAUCCGCCUGCCGGAGGGGUUCGAGCAGCGAGUCUCCGGGACGGGCCUCGUGGUGAGAGGCUGGGUUCCUCAACUUGAGAUACUGAGCCAUGGUGCGGUGGGUGGGUUCCUUAGCCACUGUGGGUGGAACUCUUGCAUGGAGAGCCUGAGCCUGGGUGUGCCUCUGGCAACUUGGCCGCUGCACUCGGACCAGCCGGCGAACGCGCAGCUGAUGACUGAGGUGUUGAAGGUGGGGGUGGUGGUCUCGGAGUGGGGCGCAGCCGAGGAGGUGCUGCCGGCGGAGAAGAUCGAGAGAUCGGUCAGGCAGCUUAUGGUGCCCACGAAUGAGAGUUUGGAUGUACGGAAGAGGUCCGCAGAGCUGCGGGAAGCAGCACGGCACGCCUGGGCUCGAGGCGGCUCGUCCCGCACAGCCUUAGACUCGUUCGUGGAUUUGAUAACUAGACCAUAGGGUUUUGUGAUCAUGUCCCCAUAUGAUGAUGCAAAUUUAUCGACUUGAAAUAAUUAACAAGAUUAUCGCC